CCGGAUCCGGGCGCGCGCGCUUCCGCGCCGGCAGCGCCGAUGGCGGCUGCGGCUAGCGGUCCCGCGCACGGGGCAGUCGCCGGAAUGGAGGCCACAACCUUGCAGAAGCUCGCGCUGAGGCGGAAGAAGGUGCUGAGCGCCGAGGAAACGGAGCUGUACGAGCUGGCCCAGGCUGCGGGCGCUGCUGUCGACCCUGACGUGUUCAAGAUCCUGGUGGACCUGCUGAAUCUGAACGUGGCCCCCCUCGCCGUCUUCCAGAUGCUCAAGUCCAUGUGUGCUGGGCAGAGGCUAGCGAGCGACCCCCAAGACCCUGCAGCCAUAUCUCUGUCCACCUCCAGCAUGCCAGAGACCCGAGAGGCCUACUUUCUCUCUGCCAGGAACUGUAGUCCCCCUGCAAGGCCCUCCUAUUCCUCUGCCAUGCGGCCUGCAGCCUCUCCAGUUCUGCUCCACUGUCCAGCUGCCAAGCACUCGCCUCUUUCUCCAGGGGCCCCUGCUUCCCUCCGGUUCUCUUGCUGCCUGUUCUCUCCUUUCACAGGCAGAAACAAAGGCGGCCCUGCUCUUGGCACACCCACCUUGGGAGAACGCAACAGCAGGGAAGGAUCCAGCCAGCGGAUGCCUCGUCAACCCAGUGCCACCAGGCUACCCAAGGGGGGUGGGCCUGGGAAGAGCGCCUCUCGAGGGGGCACAUAGGACUGGAGCAGAGCCUGCAGGCCACAAGCCUGUGGGCAUGUCUUUCCAUUACAUUUCUGAAAGGCUGAAUUUGUUCGUUAGAUAUUCUCUAUCACUUUUGGCCAUAUUAAAGCACAAAGACUUAGAAUCAA